AUUACAAUCUUCUUCUUCCUCUCCUCAACCCAAUGGAUUCUCCACCGCCUGCUGCUCCUAGUCCUCCCUGCACCCGCUCCUCUGCCGAGCCCCGCCACCGGAGCAAGUCUGCCUCCCGCAUCGUCAUCGCCACCGCCUCCGACGAGAAUCAGAUCAUCCCCUUCCUCGCCACGCCGCCUUCUAGGAAGCACAACUCCCCGUUGCUCUCUCCCUCGCCACUUCAGGACAUCGUGCUCCUCUCGCCUUCCCCUCACCUCAAGCCCAAGCGUAGAUCCGCAGCUGCCGCCGCCAUCGAGGAUGGAUCACCGCAGGCGGGAGGGACCCCUUGCGGGAGACGGAAGAGCAGGGCCGCCGCGGCGAUGGUUCUGAUGGGGUGCGCGUCGUCUCCGAGGAAAGGCCGGCGGGCCAGGAGGAGGCUGGAGAAGGACGUUGUCAGGGAGGAGAGGGACCUGGGUCAUUUGGCGGAUGGCGAUGGCGUCGGAAAUGGGAGAGUGAGGAUUACGAGGCGGAGCAGAGAAAGAUCGAGUCUUGUGACCUCUGUGCCUCCUCCCAGUCCAAUAACAGUAUCUCAACAAGAACCGAGAGAGGCACCAAUCAACAACGAGGAUUGUCGCAGUUCCCUAGAUGGGAUACAAGAACAUAUCUUCGAACUUGUGAUGUGGAAAAAUGUAGCUAAAUCCUCCUUGUGGUUCGGCCUAGGCACCUUGUUCUUCUUGUCCUCUUGUUUCUCAAAGGACUUUAGCUUCAGCAUGAUUUCUGCAAUGUCUCACCUUGGUCUUGCAAUUUUGGGCUUAGCCUUUUUCAAGGAUUCGAUUCCUCAGAGGCAACAACUGAACGUGAGAAGUAAAGUUCAGAUAACAGACGAAGACAUCCUUCGAGCUGCUCAGGUCAUCCUCCCACUGGCCAACGUUGCCUUUGCAAAAAUUCAAGAGAUCUUCUGUGGGGAUCCAUUGAGGACACUUCAAGUUGCACCUGUUCUCCUAUCUGGGGCCAUGUAUGGCCACCUGAUAACCCUGAGGAGGCUUAUCGCAACUUGUUUUUUUGUGAGUUUUACUUUGCCAAAAUUCUAUUCUUGCUACUCACAUCAGAUUCAUAACAAAGUUGAGAACAGCAUAAAUCGGAUUCAAGAAACAUGGAAAUCUUGCCCACGCAAAAAACUGAUAGCAAUCUCCACAGCCACAAUAUUUUGGAACUUAUUCAGUGUGAAGUCCCGUUUGUUUGCAGUAUUUUUUUCGGUGGUAAUACUUAGGUAUCACCAUCGACAAGUAGAAGAUUGUGCCAAGGAAGAAAGAGAAGAAUCAUCGAGGUGAUUUACCUUCAGAGCAAGAACAAGGUCAACUUAUGAAGCCCACAUUUAGUGUUCAAGUGCAUGUUCUUGAAAGAAAUAUUCUUGUGUUGUAAUAAUAUGUAUUACAAGUUUAGCACUUGGUUAGAAAAAAUUUAAUCACUCUCCUGAGCAUCUAA